AUGUCACAAGAUUCUACAGAGAAUGAUAUUCCCUUAACUUCCUCAAAGGACACGCAACACGUCAUUAAGCUUGCAGUUACCAUGCAUAUAUUAGUGCAUGCAUGGAAAGCAGCAGUAAAUGGCUUACCACAGACUCCAACACCAACAGAGGUUCAAAUAGAAAUUAUAGAACAGGCGAAAUCGAUUUUUAACACCAUCUCGCAACAGAAGUCAAUCUUCAUAGAGGCAAUAAGAUCAGUACAAGUCACACCAGUGCCACUCAAAAAGUGUCAACCAUUCAGAACCAAAGUACUCAAGUGCGUUUGUCGGAGUCAAGGACCCCUUGUAAGCAUUCGAAAAGUACAGAAACAUAUCAAAGGAUCUAUUGUGUCUAACAUUAAAAUUGAAUUGGCGAAGUUAGAGAGAGACGGAUUCGGGUCAGUCAAAGAUAUCAAAACGAGAAGUACCACCAGAACCAUGUUCAUGAAGAUUCCAGGACUAAUCAUUGAUGGCGAAUUACGCAACCACUCAGAUAUUCUAAAGGACGAAAUAGUUUGA